UUCUUCCAUCACAUUCCCGUUUCCCAUCUCUUCCACCAAAACACGCUUCUUUAGCACUCGUCUCCUUUCUCUCUCCUCUCUUUCUCUCUCUUCGCUGGGCUCGGCAGCUCAACUUCCACCGUUCCACGUCCUAAUUUCCACCGGCGGAUAAUUUGGAAAUUACCUUUUUGUCCUCACCGGAUCGUUCGCCCGUCUGCUCCUCGCAGCCCUAAUUUCGGAGCUGCUGGUUCAGCUGAUUGAUCUGAUCUGUCCCUCGAUUGAUGGCUUCGGCGAAGACGGCCCGGUCGAGAGGCACGCCGGUCAAAGAGAACGGCGUCAAGCUCCAGGAAGGCCUCAAUGUCUUCAAGUCUGACAAGUUCGAUUCCCAGGGCUACGUCCAGUCACGAUGCUCCCUCAACGAGAAGGAAAUAAGACAAUUAUGUUCGUAUCUUUUGGACUUAAAGAGAGCUUCCGCCGAGGAAAUGCAUAGAAGUGUCUAUGCUAACUAUUCGGCAUUCAUACGCACCUCCAAAGAGAUAUCAGAUUUGGAGGGGGAGCUAUCUUCUAUCAGAAACCUGCUAUCCACUCAAGCUGCUUUGAUUCAUGGUCUAGCUGAGGGAGUAAAAAUCGAUUCCCUUUCUAAAUCUGUCCCUGAAGGUUCUAGUGAAAAUGGUUUAUCAAUUUCUGAAUAUAGAGAUCCUACUGACCUGGAGAAAUGGUUAGUAGAAUUUCCCGAUCUCUUGGAUGUUCUGUUGGCCGAAAGGAGAGUGGAUGAAGCUUUAGAUGCCCUGGAUGAAGGUGAACGCGUGGCCGCUGAAGCAAAACAACUGAAGACGCUGGAUCAAGCUUUGCUCGUGUCUCUGCAGACUUCUAUUGUUGAACGCAGGCAAAAGUUAGCUGAUCAGCUUGCUGAGGCUGCUUGCCAGCCUUCUACCCGAGGUGGUGAACUUCGUGCAGCUAUCUCAGCACUGAAAAGGCUUGGGGAUGGCCCUCGGGCACACAGUUUGCUGCUCAAUGCACAUUUCCAAAGAUAUCAGUAUAAUAUGCAAAGCCUUCGUCCAUCGAGCACUUCAUAUGGAGGAGCUUAUACUGCUGCACUCUCACAGUUGGUGUUCUCUGCUAUUGCUCAAGCUGCUGGUGAUUCUUCGGCGAUAUUUGGCAAGGAACCAAAUUAUACUUCUGAGCUUGUGAUGUGGGCAAUAAAGCAAACUGAGGCUUUUGCCUCUCUUAUUAAAAGACAUGCAUUAGCUUCAUCAGCUGCUGCUGGGGGGUUAAGAGCUGCCGCAGAGUGUGUUCAAAUAGCAUUAGGCCAUUGUUCCUUGUUGGAAGCUCGUGGUUUGGCACUUUGUCCUGUGCUUUUGAAACUCUUUAGGCCUAGUGUUGAACAAGCACUAGAUGCUAAUUUAAAAAGAAUUGAGGAAAGCACCGCGGCCUUAGCUGCUGCUGAUGGCUGGGUACUUACAUAUCCUCCAACCGCUACACGGCAACCUGGCAGGCCUUCAACUACAUCCCUCGGUAAUAUGACAGCAUUCCAACAUAAACUUACAAGUAGUGCACAUCGGUUCAAUUUCAUGGUCCAGGAUUUCUUUGAGGAUGUAGGACCAUUGCUCAGUAUGCAGAUGGGCGGUCAGACAUUGGAGGGUUUGUUCCAAGUAUUUAAUUCAUAUGUGAGCAUGCUCAUAAAAGCAUUACCGGGUUCAAUGGAGGAAGAAGCAAACUUUGAAGGUUCUGGGAAUAAAAUUGUUAGUAUAGCCGAGAAUGAACCCCAACAAAUUGCUUUGCUGGCAAAUGCAUCCUUUUUAGCAGAAGAACUACUUCCACGUGCAGCCAUGAAGCUGUCUCCACUGAAUCAGGUUGCUUACAAGGAUGAUCUACGUAGAAGAUCAUCAGAUAGGCAAAACCGGCAUCCUGAGCAAAGGGAGUGGAAGAGGCGGCUUGCCAGCUCGGUUGAUAGAUUAAAAGAUAGUUUCUGUCGUCAGCAUGCUCUAGAUCUCAUUUUUACAGAGGAUGGUGAUAGCCAUCUUACUGCUGACAUGUACAUAAACAUGGAUGGGAAUGCAGACGAGGUUGAUUGGUUCCCAUCCUUAAUAUUCCAGGAACUUUUUGUAAAACUAAACAGAAUGGCCAACAUAGCAGCAGAAAUGUUUGUAGGCAGGGAAAGAUUUGCUACAUUGCUUCUAAUGAGACUAACGGAAACUGUCAUAUUGUGGCUCUCGGAAGACCAGAGCUUUUGGGAUGAUAUUGAGGAUGGGCCACCUUUAGGUCCUCUUGGCUUACAACAAUUCUAUCUGGAUAUGAAGUUUGUCAUAUGCUUUGCUUCUCAAGGUCGUUACCUAUCUCGAAAUUUGAAUCGAGCUAUUAACGAGAUCAUAUCUAAAGCCAUGGCAGCAUUUUCUGCAACAGGCAUGGAUCCCAAUAGUGUCCUUCCGGAAGAUGACUGGUUCAAUGAAGUCUGUCAAGAUGCAAUUGAAAGAUUAAGUGGGAAACCAAAAGCCGUGAACGGGGAUCGGGAUCUUAAUAGCCCGACCGCCUCUGUUUCAGCACAAUCAAUCUCAUCUGUUAGAUCUCAUGGGAGUUCCUGAGGCACACCAAGUUUCAUCUCUCUGUAAAUUAAAUAGAAAACUAUCCUUGUAUCCUUUAGAACCCCUCCAGUAUAAUUUUGGUCACCAUCAUCCUUUUCCCUCAUUUUUUUCUCUGGAGGACGACGUUUCGUCUCACAAGGCUAGGAAUUCUUUUUGAAUGAUUUGAGUUUGUAAAGUUGUUGAUUGCAGUUGUUUGAUCGGAAUACAAGUUUGUAUAAUUCUUUCACAAGUUCGGGCAGAGUCGCAUAAUCCGUAUUGAUAUCGCCGUUACCCCGAAUUCAUGUGAAUAUUUCCUUCCAUUGAUAAAAGAAGACAUUUCAAUGUGUA